AACCUGUCUCCAAAAAGAAUUUUAAAAGUGUUUGUUAUGAUGUAGUUUUUUUCAAGUUUGGUUUAAAUCCCACAUUGGAUUUUUUUUUGCUUUAUGAGGGAGGGAUGGUUGAUGAAAAAUUCUAGGUGCUUCUCUGAGUUGAAACUAAACUGUAGGGGUAUUUUUUUUUUUUUAAUAGCUUAGGAAUUUAGGGAUACACCAAAUCACCACCAAAUAACAGAAUAUAUGCCAAUUUUCCAUUUUGGCUUUGCCUUUCUGCAUAGUGAGUACUUUGGCUUAUUUUGGAAAUCAUAAAUUUUAGUUCACUUGAUCUCUAGUUUGGGUGCAAAAGAAGGUGAUAUUUUUAAGUGAUGGUUUAAUUUCUCCAGUAAUGAGGGCAACAUGGGAUAAAGAAUAAGUUGCAUUUGUGUGACUGUGGAUUUUAAUACUUGAUUUAAUUAAACAAUUUUCUGUGCCUUCAAGUCCUCUACUGAAAACAAGGUACAGUGUGGAUGAAUUACUUAGUUUUACUCUGUGUAAAGAAAUGGUUAAAAAAAAAUAAACAGUAAGAAAUUACAAACAUGUUUAACACAAAUCAGAAGACAAAAUGUAGGAACCAUAUGCUAUAUUCAUCUGUUUUCCUUCCAGAGUGGCUCACAGUAUACAACUGUAGCAAAAUCAAUAAACGUUGAGUUGAUAUUACCUCAAUAUUCAGCAUUCCUACCUCAACAGCCUUCUAACAGUAUGAAAUAAGUAAAUAUCUUUAUAAUGAUUUCUAAGAGAUGGUCUAAAUUCUUUAGUUGUACUGAAAUGUCAUGUCAAAUAUUGCUUUUAAUAAGUAAACCACUGGCUGGAGUUUGGAAAUCUUUUUUCUACACAAAGCCUUUGUUGUACCUCCCCCAAACACACACCUUUUGUAGGGUAUUUUUUUGUAACAGGAUUUGACCUGUAACUAUUAUUGAGAAUUUUCUUAGAGGAGUUCAAAGCAUUUUACAGGGAUCAUCUCAUUUAUCCCUCGAAAGUAAGGCAGAGGCAUUAUCUCCACUACAGACUGAGAACACUAAAAGGCCAAGAUAGGUGGGGUUUUUUGUUGUUGUUUUGCUAAGAUCAAAAAGCAGUUCUAGGGCAAAGCCAGAUUCCGGUCUGACCUUGUUACAUGAUGCUUCUGUGGUGACAUAAUGCAAUGUCCUUCCUCUCUUAGGUCUUGCCUUAUGCUACCUAUUGAAUAAUUUCCAGAGUUGAUAUUUCAUUCAUUCUUGCUCCUGAAAAUGGAUCUUAAGAUGUAAAAACAAAAUAAACCCCUAAAAUUUUUACUAUUAGGGUUUGGGGCACAGGAUACUUAGGGAUAGGUAUCUUCCUCCCCCACCUGCAAAUCUUACUGCCUUCCCCAGUGCUGUUCAAUAGAAAAAAUGUGGGCUGCAAAUUCAAGUCACAUGUAUAACUCUAACCUUUCUAGUAGUUACAAAAGUAUAUUUAGGCCAAUGUAUCAAAAAUCUUAUCACUUCAACAUGUAUUAUAAAACUAUUAAUACGAUAGUUCACAUUCUUUAUCUUGCAUAAGUCUUCAAAAUCCACCUCAAUUUGGACUAGUCACAUUUUCAAUGCCCCUAAGCCAUGUGUGACUAGAGGAAACAGUAUGGGACAGCAUGGGACUUCAGUAGCCUUUUCUUAGCUCUCUCUUCAAAAUGGUACCCUUGUGAAUGGGAUGGGGGAGCCUGGUGGGCUGCCGUCUAUGGGGUCGCACAGAGUCGGACAAGACUGAAGCGACUUGGCAGCAGCAUUAGCAGUGUGAAUGGAAUGAAUGGUGUGGGGAAGGGCUCCUGGAUGACCUUGGAGAAUCCACUUGCACUUGGGUGGUGACUAAUAGCUUUACCACUUGCUUAUCCAUGACCAGGGAGUGGAUGCAGGACCUAGAGGACUGCAGUCUUCCAAAAUGUCAAAAAUACCAGCUCAUUGCUAGAACUGAGGUAUAUACCCAAUGUGAGAACCCGGCCUAAGGAGCCUGCCAACUUCUAGGGGUGCAGUUCAUGAGGCCCUGGUAUAUGGCCUGUGGAAAGCAGGCAUCAGACGAGGCAGAAGAGGGGUAUGAGAGGGGGAGGGCCACCCAAGUGGGUGCUUCUUGAGGGCAGGGCCUCAAACUAGCUGCUGCUUGAAGGCAGAAGCUCCUCGGGCGGUCUUAACCAGGCGCUUGGUGGGCCUCACGUGCUAGAUGAACUCACGCUGUGUUUCCGGCACACGCUCGGGGCGGCCCGGGGCUUGGGAGGGGGCCGUUCUACGACCCCGCCCGCACUACGAAGCCGCUCCACGGCCUCGGGUGUGAGGGGCGGGCCCAGGCUUCGGCCCGCGCCGCCCCAUGUGACCCGGUCCGGCAUGGUGUCGCCUCCUCCCAGGGCGGCGGCUGUGGCGGCGGCUCGGGCUUGGCUCCGCGUCGGGCCGGCCCCGCGGCCGCUCAUGGGUAGCCAGGGCGGCGUGGGGGCCCCCGGGAACGGUGGGCCCGGCGAGGGCGAGAGCGGGGAGACGAGGAAACUGCAGGAGGAAGGGAGAGCCGCGAGAGGAAAGCGGAGGAAGGGGAAGGGGAAGGCGGGAGCAGGGCAAGGCGGAAAAGGAAACGGAGCGGAAGGAAAGCCGGAGCGGCCACAGGCGAAGGAGGAAACGGGGCUGGGGGCUGAGGCGGGACCGAGUGCAGGCCUAGGAAAGGCAGGAGAGAGAGGCGGAAGCGUGGAGGAAGGGGCGAGAAGGCUCGUCAGGGGAGAUGAGGGGAGCGCAGGGGCGCGAAAGGAGGCCAAAGGGAGAAGUGAGGGGAAGAAGGAGGAAUGGAGGGUCAGGACUGGGAGGCGGGAGGGCGCCAGGCCGGCAAGAGCACAGGGACGGGGGAGUCAGGCUUGGGGCCGCCUCGCGGGGACACGGGCGGCCAUGGCGACAGCGGCUGAGGAGGAGGCGGCGGCGGCGGCGGCGGCCCGGGAGCCAGCCUGCCGCCCAGCCGCGGGGCCCGCACUCCUGUGCCUGCCGGAGGAGCUGCUGCUGCUCAUCUUUUCCUACCUGGACAUGCAGGCCCUCGGCCGCCUGGCUCAGGUGUGCCGGUGGCUGCGGCGCUUCACCAGCUGCGACCUGCUCUGGCGCCGGAUAGCCCGGGCCUCGCUCAACUCCGGCUUCACGCGGCUCGGCACCGACCUGAUGGCCAGUGUACCAGUAAAGGAACGAGUGAAGGUAUCUCAGAACUGGAGGUUGGGGCGCUGCCGAGAGGGGAUUCUGCUGAAGUGGAGAUGCAGUCAGAUGCCCUGGAUGCAGCUAGAGGGUGAUUCUCUGUACAUAUCCCAGGCUAAUUUCAUCCUGGCCUAUCAGUUCCGCCCAGAUGGUGCCAGCUUGAAUCGGAGGCCCCUGGGAGUCUUUGCUGGACAUGAUGAGGACGUUUGCCACUUCGUGCUGGCCAACUCGCAUAUUAUCAGUGCAGGAGGAGAUGGGAAGAUUGGUAUUCAUAAGAUUCAUAGCACCUUCACUGUCAAGUACUCAGCCCAUGUACAGGAGGUGAACUGUGUGGACUGCAAAGGGGGCAUCAUUGUGAGUGGCUCCAGAGACAGGACAGCCAAGGUAUGGCCUUUGGCCUCAGGCCGGCUGGGGCAGUGCUUACACACCAUCCAGACUGAAGACCGAGUCUGGUCCAUUGCUAUCAGCCCAUUGCUCAGCUCCUUUGUGACAGGGACGGCUUGUUGUGGGCACUUCUCACCCUUAAGAAUCUGGGACCUCAACAGUGGGCAGCUGAUGACGCACCUGGGCAGUGACUUUCCCCCAGGGGCUGGGGUGCUGGACGUCAUGUACGAGUCCCCUUCCACGCUCCUGUCCUGUGGCUACGACACCUAUGUUCGCUACUGGGACCUCCGAGCCAGUGCCCGACGGAUGGGAACCACCUGCUGGCCACUGGCUCCUCCUACUAUGGUGUCGUGCGACUGUGGGACCGCCGCCAAAGGGCCUGCCUCCAUGCCUUCCCACUGACGUCGACACCCCUCAGCAGUCCUGUGUACUGCCUGCGCUUCACCACCAGACACCUCUAUGCUGCACUGUCCUACAACCUCCGUGUCCUGGACUUUCAAAACCCAUGACAAAGCCAACCCAGCCUGUGGGCCAGGGAAGCCAGCUGCUCAGGGACCUCUCCUGCCUGGAGGGAUCAGUAACCCCUCCUCCCCGGCCUCCCUGUGUUCCCAGAUCUGUGACCACGGUGCUCAGGCACCUAAGAUAAAGGCUGCUGACUCCUGGGCACUGGGGUCACCCAGGGGUGCAGUCCCUCCCAGGAACCAGUUGGAGAGAUGGGACCUACUGCUUCUCAGCUGAACUCGGCUGGGCCUUGCUUCCCUGUUGGCCAGAGCAAGAAUCUGGCCUGGAGAGAGAGGCCCACCCCUUCUUAGAGGCAGGCCAGCUUAGCACAAGUGUGAGGUGAGGUGCUCCAGGCUUACCAGGUGGCCCCUUCCCUAGAAGGAGUGGGGAGGCUGCCAGUACCCUGUGGUACCAGCCUCCACAUCAGUCAGACCCCACCUUUGACCAAGGUCUUCGGCUGGAGUACUACGACCUGGUCUUGCUUUGAAACCAAGAAAGGACAAAGGCAAUCCCAAAAUUCUGAAUUCUGAGCCAGCCCAACCUCAGACUAGCUGUUGAGACAUGUUACAACGUACAUUUUUGUAAAAAUAAAGCUUGACUAUUCACCAA